AUGCUCGGCCGUGCGCUGCUCACCAUCGACGCCCUCGGACUUCUCUUCGGAGCUCCGAUGGCGGACUUGAGCCAUACGCACAUGUACAACCCGAACUGGCCUCCUCACGCCAAGUUUCACAACGGCCAAACCAUAACUCUAUCCGUCCUGCUGGGUAUCGCGACCAUGUACUACACGUGGCGCAGGCCUGCGACACGGUCGAUGAAGCGGGAAUUCAUGCUGGUCAACGCCUUCACGGGCUCCAUCUACUGGCUGGCUGGCCUCGCUGCCAUUCUCUUUCCGGGAACCAUGGGGCUUGAUCCUGAGUUUGGAGGGCCUGGGUUCCCUCAGGCCUGGCUGUUCAUCGGCUUCGCUACUUGCGGCUUGGUUGGGAGUUUCCUCGAGGCAUAG